UUACGAUACUAUCAGACCCUGUUAAUCAAACUCGUACUGAUGGAUGGACAUUUGAAAAGAAACAGCGCGACCCUUUUCUGCGUGUUUUAAGAAUCUUAAACAACGUAAGAAAUAUCCAACAUAAUGACUACAAAGAAACUUGCAAAAGAACUGGGACUACUGAGGCAGAGGAGUCAGUCAACAAAUGGAUCCAAAACAUUAUUAUCAAACCAAAUAUUUGCAUACCUAAUAGUGAUCGAUUUUGAGUCAACUUGCUGGAAAGAGAAAACCAACUACGGCCAGGAAAUUAUUGAGUUUCCUGCUGUUCUGCUCAACACGUCCACAGGGGAGAUCGAGUCUGAGUUUCAUACUUAUGUCCAACCCCAAGAGCGUCCCCUUCUGUCCGAGUUCUGCACUGAGCUGACCGGGAUUAAACAGGUGCAAGUGGAGGCAGGGAUCCCCCUCCAGAUCUGUCUCUCUCGGUUUAACCGCUGGCUGCAGAAGAUGCAGGUGGAGAAGGGUUUGGUCUUUCCAAACGGACAACAGAAAUCUUCUGCACCUUCACCUUCUCAGAAACGGUGUGCUUUCGUCACGUGGUCAGAUUGGGAUCUCGGAGUUUGCUUGCAGUACGAGUGCAAACGCAAGCAGCUCCAUAAACCUGAUGUGCUCAACAGCUGGAUAGACCUGAGAGGAACCUACAGGAUGUUUUAUGACAAGAAACCCAAAGGCUUGAAUGGGGCGCUACAGGAUCUGGGGAUACAGUUUUCAGGACGAGAACAUUCUGGUUUGGAUGACUCCCGAAACACCGCUUGUCUGGCAGUGAGGAUGAUGAGGGAUGGGUGUGUGAUGAAGAUCACCCGGAGCCUGGAGAAGGCGCCAUCAAUGGUCAAACCCUUGUUUGGAAACACAACUGCAGACAGCAAAAAGGAACAAUCGAAAACUGAUAAAGAGAAAAACACACCUAACACAGAAAAACCUUCAUCAUCCAAGAUUCCUCCUAAAUCACGUCAGAUAAAAUCAUGUUCAGAGGACAUUACAAAGUAUUUAGACACAAAGGAGAACUCUGUUCAAAGCCUGAUCUCACCAAAGACACUGCUGAACGGUACAAAUACACCACUAAUGGGAUGCAGCAGGAUGUCAGUUUCAGCAGGGGCUAAUACUUCCUCUUUAGUUAGGAUAAACUGUCCUUCGCCCCACAAUAACACCACCAGUCUUGUUCUGUGCUCCACUACUCUGGGCUGCCUCUCAAAUCUGCCAAACCAGCCCUGUAAAACAAGAGAAGAAGAAGAAGGAUAUGGGGAAGCAUUUUGCGUGGAACCGGAAGACAGGUGUGGUUCAUAUGAUGACGUGGUGUUGGAGGAAGAAAGUGUCAGUAUUGGUGAAACUGAGAGAGAAUUUGAUCAUGAUUAUGUGUCAGAUUUUCAUGUGUGGGGAAAGCCUGAUGCUGCACAUUUACCAGGCGGUCGUGUCACAUUAAGGGACACAAUAAGAGAAACAAAGAGCAUUGUUGACAACUUUAAAAUUCAUAAUAUGACCGGUGAAUCAUCAACAACGUCUCUACCUACAAACAAAAUCCUACCCCACAUUAAUGUGUCCAAUAACUUACAUGAAAUGAGGCAGCAUUCAACAAUCUCGGAGCACAGUACUUUUGCUGUGCCUAGAGCAGUGCCCUCGGACAAAUCAAAUUACAAAACGGGACUUAAAACCUCUCUACCAGCACAAGAAAACUCAUAUUCGUUUAACAAAAUGACUCAAUUAUUAAACACAUCCUCUCGAGUCAAGCACAAACCCUUCGUCCCAGAAAAGACCUCCACCCCUUUCACUUCAUUUAUCAAGCCCAGAGCAGUCGUCACACAACACCCAAAGCCCAAAGAGACUCCACGAUCUUCCUUCACCAUCUACACCGACGCAACUAAAACCUCGGUUUCUUCCACCGGUGACUCUUUUUCCAAGACUGUCCUCGCCUCUUUGUCCACCAACUCACUCAAUCAAUCCUCAUUUUCUAUAUCAAAGAGAGUAGGUCAGAGGAUCACAUCCCCUCUGUGUGGGUGUGGGCGUCGUGCAAAACGUCAGCUGGUUUCUAACGGGGGUCCGAACCACGGACGAGGGUUCUUCUGCUGCCCGGUUCGGCGCUCAGGCAGCGGAGGGAGGAUCCAGAAAGGCUGCGAGUUCUUUAAGUGGGAGUCGGCUGUGAUGAAGAGCAGUUUAGUGGUCGCUCCUGCAGUCGGUUCCUCUGUGUCACUCUGUCAGAUCAACUCCUCUCUGAGCCGUCCUCCACCCCUAACCCUGCUGAGAAAGAGCUAUUAAAGGUCCCACGUCAUGGCCAUUUCUACUGAUCUACUAGAAUAGAUUUAUAUUGUGCAAUGUUCCAAACUCACAUUGGUUUCUCAUACAGCAUCUCUGUAUAGUAUGUGUAUUCACUCUCUGUCCUAAACGGCUUGUUGGAGCUCCUGCCCCCCUGUGAGCCCAGUGUGCUCUGAUUGGUCAGCUCGCUGCUACGAGGAGCAGACAGGCUUCCGUGUCUGCGAUACAGAAGAACAAGCGAAACUCAUCCUGAGCACACACAAACACUCACAGCCGAAGUAAAAACAAUAAGUGUGGCUUGAUAUUGAGUAAGAAAAAGGUUUAUAGCGCUGUGAGCAUGGGUCUGCGGAGAGCAUUUCUCCACGAUCCCAACGUGGUAGCCCGAAAAACGUUUACCCAUUU